GUCACAUUAGGCUGUGCAGUUUUUGUCAACAUUCCAUUCUGUUGCCAAUGGCUUGCCGGUUGACACCGAUAAUAUUGCAAAGCUGUUACCAUCACAUUGCAAACAAACUAACGUGUCUAAAUACACGUCACGUACUGUAUUCACAAUACUGCAUCACGACUGUAGUUUUUAUCUCAACAAAUGCAACUGCGACGUAAAACGUUUUAAAAUUCCGACUUUCUUUGAUGACUUUAACGCAUCACUGACAAGUGUCCGACUUUGCUUUGUUUAGCGUCGUUACCAUGGUGAUCUCCCGCCUGCCCGUCCCACGCUUGUUGAUGAACAAAAAUACUAUUAUGGCCUCGAUGGAUUUACCGGCGACCUAUUAUGGCAAAAUUGACAAAAGAAACCCGGUCAUUGUGUCUUUUGAGCGAGACAUUAACUCGUUUAUGACAGUAAUGAAACGAGUGGCGUCCUCCACCUGCCAGGACAACGUGUCUUAUGCCAAAGGGGUUACACUGCUGGCUGAGAUCUGGCGAAACUUCAAACCACGUCUGCCUUUUAAAUUGUACCAGGAGCGCAUGCUCCAGAUUGGAGAUUUUCUCACCGGAUUAAAGUUAUACCAGACGGCUCUGUCGCAAGGCUACAGUCUGCACCUGCUUCAGUUCUGCUCAACGAGUAUAACCGACAUUAAAGAUGUGGAACACUUCUUGAAGUGCUUCUUUCCUGAAGGUUUUGACACAGACCAAGAUGUCUUCAUCAUGAAGGUCCGUUCAAUGCUGGGCUGUGCACUGUGCAUAUUUGAGCUGGAGAAAAGGCCCAUGGUCCUCAGCCAGAAGGGGCUUUUGAAACUGCUGCAUGUGCUGAACUUUGUUAGGAUAAUGAUGCAGGCGUUUCACCAGAGCAAGCACCUCUGCUGGAUAAUUUACAACGGUACGUUGCAGAUCUUCAAAAUGUGUAACUACCUGAUGGCACUGAAUCACAGUCCAAAGGCAAUGGAGUAUCUUCUUUGGGCAAGCCUCACUUUGGAGUCAAACAUGCCCAUCAUGACUGUGAAACAUCUGCCGUGGCUUGUCAAACUCUACUGUACUGCCUGUCAUUGUUACUAUGACAACCAGGCUUCUCUACAGGCAGAGGAAUUUGCCCGGCGAGCUCUUGGAAAAAUCAAUGACCUUGCAGAGCAGGAGAAGGAGAAGGAGUGUGGUGGUCCCGCAAACAAAGAGACUCAAAUGGCCUUCAGAGAAGCCUCCAUCAAGCUGGCUGUCAUGAUGUUCAAGCGGGCUGUGUUUGAGACCCGGAGGAAACCCAAACACAUGAUAACAAUCAAGAGCAAAACCACUCCCAAAGACUUUCCAAAUAUACCGUGGCCACGUAAUGCCACAGAGCGAAUGCUGAUGGGCCUUUUUGACAGCAGCGCAUCACAGUUUUUGGGCAUCUGCGAAGCACUUUGGGACAGCUCCAUGCGCCCGUUGCAGACGAAACUGCCGGAAGAACUCGAGCUACAGGAAGUGGUCCUGGAGCUCUUUGCCUCUGGUAUCAGUAUAUUAUCUGGAGUGGCUAGCACCAGUGACCAGAAACGUCAAGAACAUGCUUGUGUUCCUCUAAGUGCGCUGUCCACAACAUCAACUCUGAUGGAAUUAGCUAUUGCAGGAGAACACAAAGUGCCCGUCACGACCGCCGUCAGGUUCAUCAAGUUGAUGAUUCAAUACAAGCAACCGGAUGUUUUUGUUGAACAUUCACGACUGAUGCUGGAUAUUUUAUCCGUUGUGGAAGGUCCCGUGUUCAGGAAGGCAGAAUACGAGCUCGCCUUGAUCACUGGUUUCCUCACUCUGAAGUCCUCCCACCGAAGGCGUCUUAGAGAGGACGUCGGUAGUAGAAACAAAUACAGAGGAUCCCUCGAUAGCAUCCUUGGCUUGACGGAGACUCUGCACAAGGCAGUUUGUGAUUCCGUCCCCGAGGCGCAGCCAGAUGUGGAACUAGUUUGGGAUGUUUUGCUCUUUCUCUGGGGGAAGCUGAAGCUGGUGAUUCAGAUGGAUCAGAUGAAAAACCCCGACUAUACACAGGACCACGACAAGUGGGCGUGGUGCCUUUCCAUGCAGUGCGAAGUGGCCUUUGCGUGUGACCUUGCGACGGUCGACUGCAUCAAGACGGCAGAGAUGAUCCACAGCUUGGUCUUACUGCUCGAGAGCGCGGCCGAUCGCAUUACGCAGACUCCGCCUAAGGUCAAAGUUGGUCAUGAAAAGAAAUACUGCUUCACUCUGCUUAAGGGUUCACAAGUAGAGCUUCUUCAAAAAGUGCGGACGGUGGUUGAGAAGGGUUUUAAGGCUCUGGUCAAGCGUGUGAUCACACUGAUGCCCCACGAUGGGACCGCUCCCCCCGACAUUACUUACCUGCUGAGGGACGAUGGAAACGGACAGAGUGAAAUAAGUGAGAAGGAAAAGGAAGAAAUCGAGUCAGAUGCGAGAAGGGAUCGGUCCACGCCGUCUACGCAUACGUCCAUGCUUGCGAUAGACAUUCUUCUUGAACUGGACAUCAUCUACCACCGGGCGUCUCUCAAGUUAAUGCAGUUAAAUGCAGUGACGGAAUCGGAUCUCUUGGACAAGAUCAAGAAGAACAAAGUGUCCAAAGCCCUUUUCCUGAUCCAGAAGUCUUUGCUGCUGUAUGAUGGAAGCAAGGCAAAUGAGUCGAGUGUCACCAGGAGUCUUCUCGAGGAAGCCUGUAUUUUAAUCGAGAAGGCGGCGGUAGAAGAGAGAAAAUUGUACAUCGCCAACAGUCCAAAGUUAUCACUUGAAAAAAAAGGCAAAUUGCUGAAGGACGAGAAGGAAAUCCCUCCACCUCGUCCUGUCUUAAUCUCACGUACCAACCGCUCCUUAACCUUUGCGCCCGCACCCUACCACAUGGAGGGGCAAGUGUGCUGGUACCAACUGUGCGGACGUGCAGCCGAGGGCAUGGACCUGAAAGUCCGCCUCGGAGACUUCAGCCUGGCGGGAACUGGAAAUUUGGUACCAGCAGUCUGUGGUGAAUGGCAGCUGAAGGCGGAGAAGUUGGAACCCAACCAGAAGUACGUUUUUGCCAUCGCAGCAUACACCAGCCAAGGGAAGUUACUAGGCAACGCCAUUGGGGCCACGACCUUCCCACUGAUGACUUCCAUGCCGCAGUCGCUGCUUUCCUCGUGGGCUCACUUGGCACAGGUGGCAUUUCAAACCAAACAAUUUGACAUUGCAAAGAAAGCAUGCAAGGAAUUAUGGAACCAUUUUACCCUUCCUUACAGCGGGCCCAAAAAAAUACAAGACAGAAUUGCCUCAACAUCGCUGCACAUGAAGUAUCUGCAGUGCUCGUCGCCACUCCUGUGUCAGCUCUUCCUCACGUCCAUCUUCAUCGAGACGGACAUCAACAUUCAGCAGCAAUCGCUCCUCUGCGACUCGCGCAGCUUCUGUGGGCUCUUUGUAUGGAAACAGGAAGCCAGACUUGUCGAAUGUGAGCGAUUGAUGGUCGCCAUGGACUUGGCCAUGUGGUUAAAUGACAGCAGUUCGGCCGUUCAAGCUGUAAUCAGCUGCUAUGGCCUCUUGGUUCCGUUCAUCUUCCAUCAGAUCCCUUGCGAUCCCGCAGUCAAGUUGCUGACCAAAUGUUUGAACGUGCUGAGGGACAAUGAAGCUCACCUCAAACAAAAGUGGUCCAAGAACACAGUGGAGAUGCUGAUGCACAUGAUUGCCUGCAUCACCAACUAUCUGUCCAAGGCAUUGCGUGCACAGAAGGACUACCAGAAAGCCUCGCAGGUGAUAGACUGUGGUCAUGUUCUUCUCCAAGACGUCUUUGAUGCCCAGGAGCGCUUCAUUAGACUUGCUUGCAAACGUGUGUCGUCAAAGUCGGAAGAUCCUGCUGCGGUGAAGAAAGAAAUGAGAAAAUGUGUCCAAUUGAAGGUCCUGUUUGGGAAGUUCAAGGAGGUCAUCAGAGCUCAACCAGAUCCCGACGCGGUGAUUGAGAGCUCGCCCUCACUGAGUGGUUCUGAGGACAUCGCCACACUGCGCGAGCGGAUCUUCACGAGCACGCUGCCGCAUGCCUAUCGGAUUGUGAUGCAGCUCGGCAGCCAUUCAAAUUUCUUGGAGAUUUCGGCGCUCUUGCUUCAGCGAGCCUUAGAGGAAGGACACCUCGAUCUUGUUUUACAAUGGGGUCAAACCAUAUUUCGAUUUCUCGCCAGGAGGGAUGACGAAAUGGUCGUGUCCGCCAAAUGUUCAGAGAGAAACGCUCAAAGUGAGAAAGAAGCUAAUGAGACUGCUGCGACGGAAGGUCAAACAUCACAGAAGACAACGAAAAAGACUCCAAAGAAACGGAAGAAGCUGAGACGCGGAGCACUUCUGACAGCGAGAACUGUCAGGGAGAUGAAGGCUGUAGAGAGGCUGCUGUCCUCGAUGAAUACCGUCGUGGAACGACACUCCAGGCGGCUCCAGCUGAGAAGGAGGUGCUCCGAGGAAAGAGUGUGGAGGUCCCAGAUCAAUUACAACCUCGCUCAGGCGCAUCUGACACUCUUCGAACAGGACUUGCACCCUUUGCAUGGAGGAUCUCUGCAGGCCAGGUACAGCCACUUAAAUCUCUCAAUCUUCUUUCUGGCCAACUCUGGGGUCCUGCUCAAGAGGAACUUAGAGGAGCAGCAAGCCACCGUAUGCGAAGUCAGUACAGAGAGACGCUUGUCGCAUUCGGAUCUGUCGGAUGAAGCUUCGAGCAAAGACUGUGAUAAAAACGAGGAUAGCUGUGACAGUGUGGAGAGUUGCGAGGAGGUGGAAGAGCCCCCUCAAAAGCCAGAGGUGCCAAAAACCGUGCCCUUGGAGUCACUGGAGAAAGCCGCUUUACAUCUGCGCAGGGCCAUGGUGCUUGCCCACCGUGGCGGUCAUUGGACCAACUUGCAGAAGGUCUGUCACAGUGUGUGGGAAGAAAGCAACAGACUUACUGCGUUACAUCAGACAGCGUCUCGGCUUCAACCGCCCUUCCUGGUUACAUCACGAGAGUUGCACAACACCUUCACCCCUCUAUUAAUACUCGCAACAGAUCUUAUCAUGGACAUGCUAAGCAGACUGGGACUAUGGCGUUUGUACGACAGCGUGACUGAGGAGGAACAAGAGUUCAGUCUCUGCUUCUCAGCUCCGCUGGAUGACUGCACCCAAGUGGACAUGCGUUUUGUGCACGCUUUAGUCUUGCGCACUCUGGAGCUGCUCCAUGACAGCGGCAAAUGGGAGCGCCUGGCACACUUUGCCCUGAUCUUCAACUCAUGCACCCGCGAACGAUAUGCCUUGACAGUGACUCCCCUGUUGGUCCUCGCCCAGAGGAAGCUCCUUGAAAGGAUUCGUGCGAAUGGAGGGUCAAAGGUCCCGCAGCCGCACCAUGUCAAGACUCGGUGGACCACUGGCAAGGAGGUAACGUACAAGACUUACGCAGGGUGUCAGCUGUUCAGUGGGUGGAUCCGUCAUUGCGCCAACAAGUCAUCAAGCUCUGUGGCCAAAUUCUCGCCGAAUGAAGAAACCGAACUCAGAGAGGCGGAAAUCAAGCGCUCCCAGUCUCUUGUGUGUGUUCCUCUGGAUGUGGCCAACACACUGUACUAUUACCGUCAAGCUAUUGAGAGGAUACCGCAUUGCCUUCAAGUGUUCCGCUAUAGCAGAUCGCUACUGCUGCUGCUACUGGCCAAUACGCAGCCGGGUUUUGAAAGCGAGCAGUGCUGCGAGAACACAUCAGACUUGAUUGACUUCAAUCCCAUACUGAUCACCACACCAAACAUCCAGCCUUGGGACCUGAUUAAUAAAGACCACAUUACUCCGGAUACUCUCUACAAUCUCCCGGUCAGCUCUGACUACAUGCCCAGAAUCAUCUCGACGUACUUGGCUUCCACAAAAUAUAUCCAGACCAACAGCCAAGAAUCCCUCAGCGUGUUUGUUCUGCAUGAAAUGGGAAACCUGUAUUUCUACGACUCAAACGCACGGUUGGCACACUCUUACUGGAGUAAAGCUGUUGAUACCGCCUUACACAGCCCAGCUGUGAUAGAUAAAUGGGACUGGGUGUCGUUUGGAGGCGGCACCCUGCAACAAACUCUGAGACAGGCCGGCCUUUGGGGGUGUCUGCAGGCCGCCGUGAUCACUGCUAAAAUUGCUCAGUAUAUUCUAACUUCAGAUAUCAGCCAGAGGACCAAGUGCUGUCUCUUGUCAGCUCACCUUUUCAAGUGCGUGCUGUGCUGCUCCCUGGCUCAUCCCCUGGAUGACCUCCGCUAUGCUUCAUACAGCAUCGGCGAUGAACUCCUCCCCGGAGUGGAUCUUUUCUCCGAACCCCACAGGGCCGAUCUCGCCGCCACUGUCGCCAGCCUGAACUUCAUUUGCCAAUGGCUGUUCAUCGCGGGCUACCACAAAACGCUCCUACCCAUGCUGGCGCUUUAUCAGCAUUUUGUGGGGACAGUAUGUCGAGAUGUUCAACGGAAUGUUGAAAGCAGGAUACUUAAGGUACGCGCGCUCACCGAACUGUGCUACUUCUCUGAGGCCAUAAAGGAGACAGAGCAGCUCUCAAGAGGGGCAGGGAUUCUUCUCCCUAACGGCCGCUACAUCGUUCGUGAGUCUCGCCAACAGUCAAAGACGAUGUUUUGGAACAACAAGUCCCUCCUGGACAAUGUCCAGGCUUUAGAGGCACUUGUGAGCUGCGAGCUUUCUCCUGAGGUCAGCAUGCUUUACGGAUCCACGUUGGGUUUUCGAUUUAACCUUGCGCGUGUUCAACUCACCCUCGCCCUCAGUGGCACUGUAGCUGGUCCUCCUGAGCCAGUGACUGAUUAUGAAGUGGACCCAGAAGAACAGGAGCAAGUCCCAAUGGACACUGAGGAGUCGGACCAACAGGAGGAAAAGCCAAAAGGGAGCGGAUUUGCUUCUCAGCAGAACCUCACUCUUGAAAAGAUUAAGUACCUACUGCUAGAAGCAGCUACCAUCUUUUUGGACUUGAUAUUGGAGAAACUCCCAUGUCCUUCCUACAGUGAAAUUGAGAACAUGGAAUUGAAACUCGAGGCGAAUCUUCUGAAGGCCAACCUCUACCUGCAGCAAGGACGCGUUGCGCAAAGUUCGGACAUGGCAGUUUCGUCACUGAUGCUGCUGCAGGACUUUAAAGAAUCCAUACCGGAUCAUAAGAAAACAACUUCUGAGCUUCCAUUUACUGAGACUGAACAGGGAACUGAACACUGUACGCACCACGAGGACUGCUCCAGAGCAGUUGAGGCCAGUGAGAGGGUUGGAGGGGCUCUGUGGUUACGUUGCCGCGUGGCACUGCUCCGUUGUGUUCUUGUACAAGCUUCCGAUGUCACGGUUCCUAAUCCAGGUAAGCUUCACGAGAGGGCAGCUCAGGUGUUAAAGCAGAGCCUGCAGGAUUGUGCUCUAUUGGGAGAUGUCGACACGCAAGCUCUUUUGCUGGUUGAAGGCUCACAAUUAAAAUCACGAAGAAGCAGGGGAGACGAUGGCGUGUCACUCUUGCAGGAAGCAGUGAGCCUUCUGUCAGGACGGCCUCGCAUGCCACCGGGAUCCAGCGUGACCCUGAUUAGAGCCACUUUACGUCUUAGUAGCAUAAAAAGCACACAAAGCAAACUUCUAAAUCUGACUCAUAAACUUUUACAAAAACAGCUAUGCGAGUUUGGUGAGAAUGUUAUAUUGGAUGAUGGAAAAGUUUCUAUUCCUCCUCCUGGACCCAGAAACAUUUACCUCCCUUACCUGCAAAUGUUAGAUCAAACAACUUAGUAAAAAUCGUUAUAUUUUGGAUUGUGGUGCAGUGAAGAAGCCAUUCCAGUGCGCCCGGGAAUAUUUGGAUGCGUAGAACCACCAAGCCAUUUAUUGAAUUAAUUUUAAAAAUUAGAAUAGGAUUUAUGUAAAUAAGAUGUUAGAUGUCUAAUAAAAAAAAUAAUGAGCGGUGUUAUUUUAUUCUGCCUUCUUCUUGUUAUAAAACACAAUUUUACAUUGUUUUAAUUGCCAUUUUUUGGGAUACAUUUGUUUUUAACAUUAUCGUCCAUUAUAAAAAGCAAAUAUGGCCUU